UGUCAUUCAAUAUUAAAAUUAAUGUGCAAGUAAUUUACCGCCGAUUAUCAUGAGCGAAUCUAAUUCUUUACGAAAAUACCUGGAGCGCGAGUUUGGCCGCAUCAAUGCCCGAAUUGAUAAAGUUGAGCAACAGAACCAGGAUAUACAAGCACAUCAACGGGCAACACGAGAUGUUGUAGUAGAUUGCAACGACCGAAUUAAAUACAUUCAGGAAACUAUGGAACCUCCCGUAAGGCGAAUGUUUCCAUUGGGAACAAGAGAGCAGGUGGAAACCGCCGUCAAAAUGUUCGAGAAUGUUGACCACUCAGAAUCCCUCAAAAAGGAAAUUGCAUACGUGUUAGGCAGAGCCAAUAAAGAAGACUGGCUUCGCUCAGUAUUCGCUGAUCAGCUAGUAUCCAGCUAUCAUACUUCGGAAGAAAUCCGAAACUUGAAUUUCGUAAAGCAUAUUAUCCGAAACAUCACAUUCACAGUCGACAAGCAGUUCACUGCGCUGGUGAACCAUUCGAGGGGAGGGCGUAUUCCCAACGCCGUCCAGAUGCAAUAA